ACAGACGAGUGUUAUUACAAUAAAACAUUACGGACGAAAUAAGUGAGAAAAUUAGUGUCUUUAACAGGAGUUUCCUCAGGUUAUGGUUUCAUUUUCAGCUGUCUAAUGGAUCUAGUGCAGUUUUAUCACCCGGAGUCGUUUUCUUUCCCCUCUGAACAGAACAAUUUUCUGGACAUGAUGUCAGUCGACAGCCACUGUCCCGCUUACAUCAAGACCGAACCGUCGAGCCCGUCCUCCCUGUCGGACAGUCUGACCCAGCACAGUCCCGGGGCAUCGUCGGACGCUGGGAGCAGCUACAGUUCAGUAACUAAAGGAAACCAAGCAAGUCUGGACUCUCCCAAUUCGUACCCUGCAGUUGAGGCGGAUCUCAGGCCUCCCGGCGCCCCCUGCAGGCUCCUGGAGGAAACGCAGGUGAAGAGUGGAUAUGGGCUGAACUUGGGCCAAAAACGCCUGUGUCUGGUGUGUGGAGACGUUGCGUCCGGUUUCCACUAUGGAGUGGCUUCCUGCGAGGCCUGCAAAGCCUUCUUCAAACGUACUAUUCAAGGUAAUAUCGAGUACAAUUGUUCAGUUAGCAGAGACUGUGAGAUCACUAAAAGGAGGAGGAAGUCCUGUCAGGCCUGUCGCUUCACUAAGUGUCUGUCUGUGGGAAUGCUGCGGGAAGGUGUGCGUUUGGACCGGGUGCGAGGAGGACGCCAGAAAUAUAAGAGAAGAAUCGACUCUGAUUCCAGCGUGUACUUCAGUGUGCAGCAACCUCACAGAAAACAACCGUCCUGCAGCGCUCAGGGGGAGAAUAAGGUGGUGACCCUGCUGUUGGGGGCGGAGCCAGAGAAGGUGUGUGCCAUGCCUGACCCCGCCCUCCCUGACAGCGACAUCAAAGCCCUGACGACCCUGUGUGACCUCGCCGACAGAGAGCUUGUGCUGAACAUCAGCUGGGCCAAAAACAUACCAGGUUUCUCCAGCCUCUGUCUGUCCGAUCAGAUGAGUCUCCUGCAGAGUGCGUGGAUGGAGAUCCUCAUCCUGCGUGUGGCUUUUUGCUCGCUGCCCUGUGAGGACAGGCUGGUGUUUGCGGAUGAUUACAUCAUGGAUGCUGAACAGGCCAAAUCAGCAGGUCUGCUGGAGCUCCACAAGGCCAUAUUACAGCUGGUGCGCAGGUACAGGUCCAUGAGGCUGGAGAGAGAAGAGUUUGUCACUCUGAAAGCCAUCGCUCUCGCCAACUCAGACUCGAUGCAUAUAGAGGACGUGGAGGCCGUUCAGGGUCUGCAGGACUCUCUCCAUGAAGCUCUUCUGGAUUACGAGUGUGUCCAUCACAGGGAAGACCCGCGACGGACGGGGAAACUCAUCAUGACCCUUCCGCUCCUCCGCCAGACCUCCGCCAAAGCCGUGCGGCACUUCUGCAGCAUCAAGCAGGACGGACGCGUCCCCAUGCACAAACUCUUCCUGGAACUUCUGGAGGCCAAUGUCUGAUCCUUGACCCGAUUGGACCAUCAAACAGAGGUGACACGCCCCUCCUGCACACGAUUGGAUGAAGGAUUAUUCACAAAUCCAUGGGAAACAACAGAUGCUUGUCAUGACGCAUAACAAUAAUACAGGAUAUUCUGAGACAAAUUUAUACGGUUUCAUAUAGUUGAGGAUGAUGGAUAACUGUUAAAAUGAAGUAUCAAAUACACACUACUGUUCAAAAGUUUGUUUUUUUUAAAGGAAAUUAAGCAAGGAUGCAUUAAAUUGAUUAAAAGUGGCAGUAAAGACAUUUAUAAUCUACAUAAAAUGUAUAUAUCAAAUAAAUGCUUUUUUAAAACUUUCUAGUCAUCAAAGAAUCCAAAAUGCAUUAUGGUUUCCACAAAAAUAUUAUCAGCACAACUGUUUUCAACAUUGAUAAUAAUCCGAAAUGUUUCUUGACUAGCAAAUCAGCAUAUCAGAAUGAUUUCUGAAGGAUUGUGUGAUGCUGAAAAUUCAGCUUUGCAUCACAGGAAUAAAUUUCAUUUUACAAUUUAUUCAAAUAGAAAACAGUUAUUUCAAAUUGUAAUAAUAUUUCACAAUAUUACUGAUUUUACUGUAUUUUUGAUCAAAUAAAUGCAGCCUUGGUGAGCAGAAAAGUCUUUUUUUUUUCAAAAACAAAUCAUACUGAGCCCAAAUGUUUAAACGAUGGUGUAUCAUUGAGUGCUGGAUGUGAAUAUUGUUGAAUCAUUAUCUCAAACUUGAAGGCGUUCAUUGUUUGCAUUUUUAUUUAAGUUAUUCAAGGUUUAUUUUUAAAAUAUGCUGAAGAACAUUUUCAGUUUUCAUAAGAGCUUUAUCACCGUAGAGCGUCAGCCACAUAAUAGUAGCCAAUAAUUGCUCUCCUGACACAGAUAUGAAGAAAAAAAUGUGUUAAACAACAUCUACUACAGAAUUGAAGGUAAAUGAGAUGCAGUCUAGACAGAAACAUAAAAAUGAACAGGACUUAAGUGUGGCAGCAUCAAACAUUAAAAAGUGAUGUACCAAAGCACUUUUAUUUAAAGACCUGAUUAGCAUAAUAGAUAAAGUACUAAUGAAGGAUUUUUUGGUUUCCUGAUGCUUAUAAAUAGAUCUGCACAGAGCUGCACAACCAAAAUGCGGCAUUUAUUUAUUCCUUUAUUAUGUUUUACCACAUGAACCUUUCAGCACACCAUAUUGGAAGGUUCUUGCUCAGUCAGUGACAGAAAAGAAAAGCCAUAGUCAUAUCUGUUUUCUAUGCAAGCCUGUUUCCGUCAUUGAAUAAAAAAAUAAAUAGGUAAUUGCGACUUUUUAUCACACAAUUCAGAUUUUUUCUCACAAUUGCGAGUAAUUCAGUCAGAAUUGUGAGACAUAAACUUACAGUUUUAAGACUUUAUUUCUCACAAUUGCAAGUUUAUCACACAAUUCUGAAGAAAACAAGUCAGAAUUGCAAGUUCAUAUCAUGCAGUUUUGACUUUAUAACUUGCAGUUACGAGUUUAUAUCUCACAAUUCUGAAUAAAACGAAGUUUUUGUCUCACAAUUCUGCCUUAUUUCUCACAAUUGUGAGUUUAUAUAACGCAAUUCUGAGGACAAAAGUAGGAACUGUAGGAAAUGCAGUUUUGACUUUAUUAAUCACAACUGCAAGUUUAUAUCACACAAUUCUGAGUAAAAAAUUGCGAGUUUUUCUCACAAAUCUGCCUUAUUUCUCGCAAUUGUGAAUUUAUAUAAUGCAAUUCUGAGAAAAAAGUGCAAAAAAUCAUGCAGUUUUGACUUCAUAACUCGCAAUUACGAGUUUAUAUCACAAUUCUAAGUAAAAAGUCAGAAUUGCGAGUUUUUGUCUCACAAUUCUGCCUUAUUACUCACAAUUGUGAGUUUAUAUAAUGCAAUUCUGAGGAAAAAGUCAUUUGUGAGUUUUUAUCUCAAUUCUGACUUUAUUUCUUGCAAUUGUGAGUUUGCGAAUCAUGCAUUUCUGAGGAAAAAAGUCAGAAUUGCAAGUUUAUAUCAUGCAGUUUUGACUUUAUAACUCGCAAUUGUGAGUUUAUAUCACUCAAUUCUGAGAAAAAAGUCAGAAUUGAGAAAUAAAAAGUUGCAAUAACAGUUUUUUAUUCAGAAAAUGAGCUUCCAUAGUUUGCAGCCAUUCACAAAGAUGUGAAAAUAUCUUAAAGCAAUAACUGAAUAUUUGAACAUGUUUGAUUUACUGAUUUACUGACUCUUUUUUUUAUCCUCACAAUUCUGACUUUUUUAGAACUGCAUAACAUUAAAUUGCAAAAAAAGUCUGAAUUGUCAGAUAUUUAUAUAUGUGACCCUGGAUCACGAAACCAGUCAUAAGUAGCACGGGUUUAUUUGUAGCAAUAGCCAACAAUACACUGUAUGGGUCAAAAUGAUCUAUUUUUCUUUUUUGCCAAAAAUCAUUAAGAUAUUAAGUAAAGAUCAUGUUCUGUGAAGAUAUUUUGUAAAUUUCCUACCGUAAAUAUAUCAGAACUUAAUUUUUAAUUAGUAAUAUGCAUUAUUAAGAACUUCAUAGGUUAUUUUCUCAAUAUUUAGAUUUUUUUGCACCCUCAGAUUACAGAUUUUCAAAUAGUUGUAUUUCUGGCAAAUAUUGUCCUAUCCUAACAAACCAUACAUCAAUGAAAUCUUAAUGGAAGCUUAUUUUUUCAGCUUUCAUAUGAUGUAUAAAUUUCAAUUUCAUAAAAUUGACCCUUAUGACUGGUUUUGUGGUCCAGGGUCACAUAUUCUGACUAUAUAUUCUGGCUUUAUUUCUCAGAAUUGCAACUUUAUGUCACAUAACUGUGACUUUAUAUCUCCCAAUUCUUUUUGUUUUCCUCUUUUUCUCAUAAUUGUGAGAUAAAUUACUUUUUUUUAAUUCUUUUUUUCCUGUGGCAGAAACAGACUUUAAUAGUCAGGCAUUUUAAUGAUCAGAUAAUACAUUUAAUAUGUUUACCAUAACAAAGGAAACACUAGACACAAGUUUGUUUGUGAGAUAUAGAGAAAUGUCUGUGUAAAUAUGAAUAAGAGAGCAGACUGAUCUCUACUGUGUUUGUUAGUCACAUCUGACCAUUACUUCAGUCUGUGAGGAGCUCUGCCUCUGCAUUUCUGUGUGUGUUUUUCACCAUUUCUGCUUGUGAAGGUUUGUGGAUGUUGUAAAAUACUCUUAAUUUUGUCUCCUCAUUAUCUGUUUGAUUACAUGCAAUAACUUUUUUUUAAAAUAAAUGUCAAAAAUGACAAAUACGUUCAACAAAAAUGCAUUAAACACUGGACUUCACUUACAUUCUGACGUCUGUAUUUUUCA